GGGAGCCAAAACCAAAGUAACAGCUCAGUGCGAUUGGAACCCUCGGAACGAGAUGCGAUCCGCACUGCUGUCCUGCUCCUGCUUCCUUCUGCUCCUGCUGCUGCUCCUCGGCUGCAGCUCCUCGUGCUGCGGAUCGGGCAAGGUGAUCUACUUCAACCAGCUGAACUCCAGCCAGUCCCUGGAGGCCUCCAAAAACACCACGGAUGCCCUGGGCAAGGGCAUGCUCUUCGAUACGCGCGGCAAUCGCUGUCGCCACGGCUUCGUUCGCGAUCACCAUGGGCGCUGCAGAAGGCUGGUCUAAAAAUACGGAAUCUCCCCGCUUGGCUGGGUUAAUUUUAAAUGCGUGUUUAUUUUAAGUCUGUGCGUUCUAGGAGAUUAAGGUGAAAGCCUAAGCAAACUGUCUACAGAACCUGUAAAAACCAUAUGACAGAUAGCGAAAAUUAAGGCAAAUAUUAUUCCAGUUUGCCUGGCAAUACAAUCUUUAAAUAUAAAA